GUUGCUAGAAGGUACAAUGAUCAAGACAGUACAGUACCUGCACCAGUCAAGUUGGAAUCUCUCCAGGUGAUAUCUGUUAUGAGUAGAAAUUUUUUUGAGGAACUCAUUGCUCCUUAUAUCAGUCACAUUACGAAAGCUCUUAGUGCCGCGUUAGAUGAUAAAUAUCCUGACUUGAAAUUGCAUGCUGGAAGAGCAAUCGAUUUCAUUGGGCAAGCUAUGAACAGAUAUCUCAGUAGUACAGCAACAAAACAAAUUGUUCCCUUCGAAUACUAUUUGCAGUUUUGGCAAACGCUUUUCAAUGAGUCUCUUAUUAAUUUGGUGCAAAGUGAACAAGUAAUUUUGAGAGCAGUGGGAUGUGAUUGCCUAGGAAGUAUAGGAAAUGAUAUUUUUGAUAAGUUACCUAGAGAUAAACAAAUUAUAUGUAUCACUUUAUUAUUUUCUUGUACAAGAGAUGAAGGACAGAGUGUUAGAGGUGCUGCAGUGAGGGCCUUAGGAAUGUGUAUUUUGUAUCCAACUGUUAAAGAGGAUCCUGGUUUCGUAAUCGACACAGCAGAAGCUAUUCAUCGAUUACUCAGAGAUAAAUAUUUGAUGGUUAGGGUAAAAGCAUCUUGGUCUUUGGGCAAUCUGAGCGAAUCUUUAGUUUCCAUGAGUAAAUCUCCAUGUGGAAUUGAGGAAAUAACAGAAAAUCUCAUUCUGAAGAUGUUACAGAUUAGCAUAGAUUCAGCCAAUGAUCAUGAUAAAAUUAAAAUGAAUGCAGUUCGAUCAAUAGGGAAUUUGUUGCUGUUAUUUACAGACCUUUCCAUGGAAAAAACUAAAAUCAAGGAAAUCACCCAACAAGCUUUCAAAGUUUUGGUUGACAAAUGUACAACUGGAUCAAAUACUAAGGUGAGGUGGAAUGCUUGUUAUGCUCUCGGAAAUGCUUUGAAGAACUGUGCCUUCUAUAAGAAUUAUUCAGCUACAACUCCUAAAGAAUGGCAGACUGCUAUUUUUGCAUCAGUUUUUAAUGGACUGGCAGAUCUUGUCGUAAGUUACCGCAAUUUUAAAGUGAGGAUAAAUGCAGCUCUAGCCUUAUCGACUCCAUCUCAGAGAGAACAUUAUGGACUUUUUUUUAUUCCAUUGUGGCGCGCUCUGUUGAAGGGACUGGAAAAUUCACAAAACGUGGAUGACUUUAACGAGUAUAAACAUAGGGAUAACCUCGUAGAUCAGAUUUGCAUAACCUUAGCUCAUCUCACAACAUUACUCCAGACAGAGGAUCUGACCCAACUCCAAGAAACAAUCCAGCUCAAUUUUGAUAUUUUUAAAACUCAUACCCAUAAAGUUUUCGAAAGACUUCUUCCUGAAAACUCCUCAGCUUUAUUUUCGGCAGCUGACACUUUGACUAUAAUGAGCAAACAGAGUUCUCUUAGUGCAGAACAAAAAAGCGUGGUGGAGAAUUUGAUUAAUAUUUUUCUACCAAAUUAUGCCCUGAAAUAAUGAUUGAAAUCAUUGAUAUUUUUGAAAUCAACAUUUUCUAACGACCAAAUUGCACCGUGGAAAGCUCUGUCUAUUGACGAUAACAGGAUCUGUGCUGCUGUUAUGGAGGAACAAGUGUAUUUGUAUUUUUCUGAAUAAACAUGAACUUUUUAAAUUUUUA